AUUAAUUUCUAUUAUUUAUAUAUACAUAUGUAUAUUAUUAAUUUCUUUUGUAUAGAGAAACUAAAAGGCUUAACUAGGAGAAAAAGAAAACAUUUGGAGGAUUCAAAUAUAUUGGGUACAACAAACAAAUAAGAGAUUUUCGACGUGGAUAUUUGAUUCCUAUCAAUCAGUUAAGUUUUAGUUUUAAAUAAUGAAUAAGAAAACCUUUUCAAACCUCUUGAGCAAGGAAAAAUCGAAAUUUGAAGCUAAGGUGGCAAAAUUUCGAAGACUGAAUGAAUCUGUUCAAGAGGUUUCAAAUGAUAGUUUCGAUAGGUUAGAGUUAGGGAUUAGUGAUAAUGAACCAAGCACCAGCAGAGCAAGUGGUAAUAGGUUUGAGGAUUUUUAUGAUAGCGAUAACGAAACCAAUAGUAGGUAUUUGUUUGAAGAAGAUUUUCAAUGUGUUGAGGAGGUUGAGGACCAGUCCGAUAAAGUGGUCGAAUUGAAGGCGUGGGCAAUUAGAAAUAAUAUUUCUCAAAAUGCUCUCACUGACCUGCUUCAAACUUUAGAUAAAGUUGGUGUUAAUGGCUUGCCAUUAUCAGCGAAAACCCUCCUCGGAACAAUGCGAGAAAAAGUUUGCGUUGAAGCCAUACCAGGUGGAGAGUUUUUGUAUUUUGGAAUAGAAGAAAACUUAAAUUCUCAAGAAUUUGACUUUUUAGAAAAUUACGAAAAGGUGGAUAUUGACGUUGGAAUAGACGGGCUGCAAUUAACAAAGUCGUCAAAAAAUUGUCUGUGGCCUGUCAUGGGUUCAAUAGACAAUUAUCCUCAUGUUAGUCCGUUUUUAAUUGCCUGCUUCCAAGGAAGAAGCAAACCAAAUAACCCUGAAGAUUUCCUUAGAGAUUUUUGUAAUGAGAUAGGUCUUCUUAGAGCAAACGGACUGAAAGUAGGUAGAAAUCAGUUAAUAAAACAGUUCGAUAUUAGGUCCUUUACCUGUGAUUCACCUGCUCGCGCCUUUGUGACUGGAGUUAUCUCUCAUACAGGGAAAAAUUGUUGUCCAAAUUGUGUAUGCUCAAGUCGUUAUCUGAAAGGGAGAGUUAGUUUUUCAAGCAAUGUAGGAUCAGCGCAAACUGAUGAAAGUUUUAGAAUUAGGAGAGAUGGGGAACAUCAUAGAUUAGAGUAUAGGGAGAAAGAAAUUAUAUUAGAAUCUGCAAAUUUUAAUAUGGUUUCACAGUUUCCUUUGGAACCAAUGCAUUUAGUAGACUUAGGUGUAAUGAAAAAAUUAUUAAAAUUGCUUAUUUCUAAAGGAAAUAUUUCCGUAAUGAAUGAGAAGCUGCGUUAUUUGGCAAAAUAUGUGCCGUCCGAGUUUUGUCGAAUAGUGCGUGACUUUAAUAAAAUAAGCAAUUGGAAAUCAACAGAGUUCCGACAAUUUUUGCUAUAUACAGGUAUAUUUGUUUUAAAAGACUGCAUUGAUGAAUGCCUGUACUAUCAUUUUCUUUUGCUUCAUGUCGGAAUUCGACUUCUUUCAUAUGAGCAGUCAGAAGAACACCAAUUAAAUGUAGCUGACAAAAUUUUGCAAGAAUUUGUUAAUUUGUUUUCAAAUAAAGUGUUUAAACCAAAUUCUUACAAUCUCGUUUGCGCUCCUCCAGCAGAACCAACAGAAAUUGUGGUACCGUCACCAUCGUCUGGCGGCCAUGCAGAUAUAAUCCAGAAGCUGGAUGCUAUUGAGACCCGUCUCACUGCCAUUGAGAAGUCCCUAACAGACAAAAUGCCAGAGAAGGCCGAGGUGCAGGCGCAAAGUAAAUUAUUGCGCGAAUGCCGCGUCAUUGCGGCAAAGACGCACCAUUCAAUUAGCCGCAUCACCGGUGAUUUGGAGGACGAGCAUUACGUGGAGCUCGCUUCGAAACUACCCAUGUCAUCGGAAGAGCACGUGCGCUUCGUGGAAGACAAACUUUCCCAAAAGGAAAGCACGGAUGCUAUGAUGCGGCUAAUAUUGAACUCAAAGGGCGCAAAAGGCAGUGUGGACGGCGUACUUCGUGGUUUGUUUUCAGACGAUGUAAUGUACCAUUACAAUUUAGAGGGGCGCAAGGAGAAGAAACACCUACUAAAACUAAAGUGCGUAGGGUUAGUUUUUGAUAUAUUUCCUGACAAGGAUGAAAGCAGUAUAUGUGGGGAGCUCCGGAGAUUUGUGGCCUUAAGCCACAAUCGUUAUAAACAGAAGAAACAUAAACUAAGGGCUAAACUAAUAUAAGUUUUAUUAUUAUUACUUAUAUGUAUUAGUGUUAAGUUGUAAAUACUAGUUUUAAGUUGUACAUAUUAGUUUUAAGUUGUAAAUAUUAGUUUUAAGUUAUACAUAUUAGUUUUAAGUUGUAAAUAUUAGUUUUAAGUUGUACAUAUUAGUUUUAAGUUGUAUAUAUUAGUUCUAAG